CAUUGGUCAGCUUGUGGCAGUUUGAAUUUGGUGGCGGCGGUCGCACGUCCGGUUAGUCCUGGAGCCGCUCCCUCUCAGCUGAAGCAGCCAGGGUUUUCUCAGCCCCUGUUACCGGGACCCACAGUCUCCAGCGAAGUGCCAUGGCUCCGGCUAGGAAAGGCGGCAGUCGGGUGGCCAAGAACAACUCGCUACGGAGCCGGAAGCUCGCUUCCUUUCUUAAGGACUUCGACCGUGAAGUGCAAAUACGAUCCAAGCAAAUUCAGUCAGACAGGCAGAACCUCCUCAAGGAGAUGGAUAACCUGUACAACAUCGAGAUCCUGCGACUCCCCAAGGCACUGCGCGAGAUGAACUGGCUCGAGUACUUCGCCCUUGGAGGAAACAAGAGGGCCCUGGAAGAAGCAGCAACAGCUGACCUGGAUAUCACCGAAAUAAACAAACUAACAGCAGAAGCCAUUCAGACACCCCUGAAAUCUGCCAAAGCACGAAAGGUAAUGCAAGUGGAUGACAUGAUAAUGGAAGAAGAAGAGGAAGAAAAUAAAAACAAGAAUCCUCAAACUGCAAGAGUUAAAAGAUGUCCUCCGUCCAAGAAGAGAACCCAGUCCAUACAAGGAAAAGGCAGAAGUAAAAGGUCAAGCCAUUGUGCCACCGUUACCCCAGCUGUGGGCCGAAUGGAGUUGUCUAUGGUGAAACCAACUCCGGGCCUGACACCCAGGUUUGACUCAAGGGUCUUCAAGACCCCAGGCCUGCGGACUCCAGCAGCCAGAGAGCGGAUUUACAAUAUCUCCCUGAAUGGCAGCCCUCUAGCUGACAGCAAAGAGAUCUUCCUCACUGUGCCAGUGGGAGGCGGAGAGAGCAUGCGGUUAUUGGCCAGUGACUUGCAGAGGAUGGACAUCGCACAGCUGGAUCCAGAGGCCUUGGGAAACAUUAAGAAGCUCUCGAGCCGUCUUGCCCAAAUCUGCAGCAGCAUACGGACUCACAAGUGAAGCUGCUGCUGCAAGCAGCCAGAUUUGACAGGAUGGACCUUCAGUAGGCACUUCUGGGACCCUGAGGUGACCUUCUCUUUGACUUACUGUUUGUUUUGAGUGUGAGGUUCUGGAGCAGGCAGUGGUGUUCCUCUUGGAGAAUUCAGGAAGCUUUGCUAUUGCCCUCUCCCAACCCAAGUGACAAAGACACUGCCUCUGCUGCAUCCAUGCAGUCCAAACUUCCUGGUAUUCUCCCGGCUGAAUUCUCCUUCCUGCUCUUAGAGCUGCCGCCUCUGCCUCCUGUAGCUCCGCUUCCUCUUUGCCCUGCCCUAACCUGCAGAGGCACCAAGAGGAGCCUCGUCUUCGUCAGAGGACUGCCUACCUGCCCUCAUUGAGAGCCCUCCGCCCCCAGCCUCCGCUCUGUGCAGGCUUGAGGCCUGGAGCGUUAUAGGCUCAGAGAAAUGAGCUCCACUCCAUGAGAGGGCGGGAAGCUGGAGGGAUGUGCGAAUGGGGCCAGGACCUGUCCAGCAGUGAGCACAGCAGGACACAUCUCCCCUCCCGCUCCGCCCCCGCCCCCCUCCUGUGGUGGGUGCUCACCGGGCUGUGGAAUCUUACACCUGCCAUGCCCAGUAGUUUUGGUUCAAGCUGACUUGUGGAACCAAAGACCAAAACUUGGUUUGGGGGCAGUUUCCAUGUCUUGCUCCUCUACCUCUCCAGUUAGUCCAGCAGUGGGAAUCUGGAUAAGGGAAUUGUAGGGCUUAGAUCAGUCUAGGGUUUUUCCACGACUGGCUGCAGAGGAACUCUAAGCUCUCCGUGGUUCCCGGGCCCCGCCAGGUCUGUGGACUUUGCAGAGUGCCCGUCUCUUCUGAGGUUCACGAGGAAGCAGGUGUGUCCUAUCUGGUGGCCUUGUUCGGGCGCUUGACCUCUGCCCUGGGCUGUUAUGUGGGCACUGAGAUCACUGUGCUGCAGCCAGCACCUCUGCCCCAAAGAAUCAUGGGAUAGGGUCCAAGAAUGUGGGAGCUGAGGGCUCCCACUCAAGCUUGAGAGCCCAGUGUUCUGUGCGUGGCUUUGUUGUACUUUGUUAUUUUGCUGCGUGACCAUUCUGGUAAUCCAGUCCUGUUCACGUUGUGUUCUUUUUAAGUUCUCUUAUCUUCCCUUUCCUGAGACUUGUACAUACUGUUUUCCUGAGUUGUGGUAUCUGUAACUUGAUUUGUUUUAAUCAGAGCUACUGAAAGUUACCUGUUUCCAAUAAAUUGUGGGUUUGAUAUUC